AUGGCAUCUCUUAAAUGGUGCAUCUUCAUAUUUUUGUUACUCUUGUCAUCAAUUUCUUCCAUUAGCGCAGCCAUAAUCGUGGUUGAUCAAUCGAAGCGCGGUGGUUUCACAACCGUGCAAGCUGCCAUUAAUUCCGUUCCUCCCGGCAACACCAUCUGGACUACCAUUGACAUCAAACAAGGCAUUUAUAGGGAACAAGUGAUUAUUCCUGAGGAUAAGCCAUUCAUAAUCCUGAAAGGAGCAGGAAUUAAAAACACCAUCAUUUCGUGGAAUGGUCAUGGCGCCAUUGACGUAACUGCUACUUUCAGUUCUGAAGCUAACAACACCAUAGCCAGAGACAUAUCGUUCAUGAAUUCUUACAACUCUCCCCCAAAAAGUAAUAGAAAUCCGAUGGAUCAAGCGGUGGCAGCGCGGAUUAAAGGCGACAAAUCAGCCUUCUACCGUUGUGGAUUUUUCGGAUUGCAAGACACCUUGUGGGAUGUUCAAGGCCGACAUUACUACAAAAGUUGCACCAUAGAAGGUGCCGUAGAUUUCAUAUUUGGUGCUGCCCAAUCCUUAUACGAGGGUUGCACCAUAUCAGUAGUUGCGGGGUCCGUAAACGGACCAGGAUUUAUCACAGCUCAAGGGAGAGAGAACCCUAAUGAUAGGAGUGGGUUCGUGUUCAACAACUGCAAUAUAGUUGGAGAUGGGAAAGUGUAUCUUGGAAGACCGUGGAGAAGUUAUGCUAGAGUCCUCUUUUACAACACACAAAUGUCCGAUAUCAUUGUUCCUCAAGGAUGGGAUGCUUGGAAAAACACUGGCAACGAGAAUCAACUAUCACUAUCUGAGUAUAAAAGUAAAGGUCCAGGUUCGAUGAGUUCCAGAAGAGUGGGAUGGGCGAAGAAGCUAAGUGAAGGAGAGGCUAAUAAGUUAGCCACCAUUUCCUUCAUUGAUAAUCAUGGAUGGAUUGACAAUGUGUUUUAA